AUGUUUGCAGCUUUUCAGUCUGCUUUGAGGGAUGUCUUCCUGGUGACUGUACAAAAAGAGGAAGAAUUAACCUGCGCCACUGCAGCAAUUGCGCUGGCAUGUCUUGUGCAGAAAUACGCCUAUGCGCCACUCUUUGCCACGCAUCGCCAGUGUGUGGCGUCCUUCGGUGAGGAGACGACGGCGGAGUCUCCAGACUCUCCGCAGAGGCCAUCAGCUAUGGAAAUGGCGAGUGCCGGCUUCUUCCACACCGGGCGAGCGGACGAGGCAGUGUGUGGUGCAUGCUUUCUCGGGUUGCGCGAUUGGCAGCCUUGCGAUGUAGAUGCCGAGGCAGUGCACGCGCGAUUUGCUGCAGGCGGCGGUGGCGGUGGUGGCGGCUGUCUCUUCCUUAACACCCGCCGUCUCCUCACUUCUGUGUUGCCGCUUGCUCGUAAACAUCUAACAUCUUCCUCUCCUCGUUCUGACACUGCCGUUGCUGCCACUGUGAUCGACCGAUUGGCGGCGAUUGCACGUGAAAUGAUCGUCGGUGGCAAAGAUGGCGACAGCAGUGUUGACUGUUGGCCAGUUGAAAAUGCUCGUGUUCUUGGGUAUUCAGAUGACCUGAUUCUUUUGGCGUUGUGGAGACUGCAAACGGAGGGGAACGCUGUUGAUCAUGCCUGGGAGAUUGAUCCUCAGGGUACAACGGAUCUACUGAAAGCCAUUUUGCGAGUGCAAGAGAGCGGUUUGGGGGAUGAUGAACUUGGCGAGGAUGCUGAGCAGGCGGAAGCAGAUGACGUCGAAGGGGUGGAUCCCCUGACGCCGAACAGCGGGGAGGCUUCUCCUGCGACGGCGAAUCUUGAAGAGAGCCGAGAUAGCAUCACUUCGAUCCCGCACCGUCCUCCCUUGCCAUGUCUCUCACAGAUAUUGCAAUGGUGGGCCAAAAAUUGGCUUCCUUCAGGACCACUCACCGCCCAUAGCAGUCAUCGAGCUGCGCUACGGAAGAAAGCCAAUUCCACAUCCGCCUAG